AGUUUUAGUAGGAAAUCUGAAAAACACAAAAGCAAAGAGGUUUAAAGAAGAAAAUAUACAAGUAGGAAAAUGCAAACUACUAGGGAGAAGAUGGAUUGUGCUACCGCCUCAGCCAAGGGUGGGAGGGAGAAGACAACAAUCAUCGUACAAGAACAGGCGGAGAGGGUGGCGGGUUGUGAUCCGGCGCAGAAAGAAGCGGUGAUGCGGGAGAAAGAAGCGGCGGCGCGGGAGAGAGACGCGGCGAUGCGGGAGAGAGAGGAGAUGCAGUACAACGCGGAGGUGCACAAGCGGGAAGCUUUUGACGCGGUGGCGCGGGAGAAAGAUGCCCGAGUCGCCGCGAUGAGGGAGAAAGACGCGGCGACGCGGAAGAAAGAGGAGAUGCAGCACGUCGCGGAGGUGAACAAGCGAGAAGCUCUUGACGCGGCGGCGCGGGAGAAAGACGCCCGAGUCGCGGCGGCGCGAGAGAAAGAAGAGAUGCUGCACGUGGCGGAGGCGAACAAGCGAGAAGCUCAUGACGCGGCGGCGCGGGAGAAAGAAGCCCGCCUCGCCGCGGCGCGGGAGAAAGAGGAGAUGCAGCACGUCGCGGAGGCCAACAGGCGAGAAGCUCUUGAGGCGGCGGCACGGGUGAACGACGCCCGUGUCGCCGCGAUGCGGGAGAAAGAGGAGAUGGAGCACAUCGCGGAGGCGAUUAAGCGAGAAGCUCAAGACGUUAAGCGAGAUGCUCAUGACGCACGGGUUGCCGCGGCGCGGGAGAAAGACGCCCGAGUCGCCGCCGCGCGGGAGAAAGAGGAGAUGCAGCACGUGGCGGAGGCGAAGAAGCGAGAAGCUCUUGAAGCGGCGGCGCGGGAGAAGGACGCCCGAGUCGCCGCCACGCGGGAGAAAGAAGAGAUGCAGCACGUGGCGGAGGCGAACAAGCGAGAAGCUCUUGAGGCGGCGGCACGGGAGAAAGACGCCCGAGUCGCCGCGGCGCGGGAGAAAAAGGAGAUGCAGCAAGUUGCGGAGUCGAUUAUGCGAGAAGCUCAUGACGUGGCGUUGCGGGAGAAAGACGCUCGCGUCGCCGCGACGCGGGAGAAAGAGGAGAUGCAGUACGUGGCGGAGGUGAACAAGCGGGAAGCUCUUGAAGCCGCGGCGCGGGAGAAAGAAGCUGCGAAGCGGGAGAAAGAGGCGGCGGCGCGGGAGAGAGAAGCGGCGAAGCGGGAGAAAGACGCGGUGGCGCGGGAGAGAGCAGCAGCGUCUCGGGAGAAAGACGCGGCGACGCGGAAGACAGAGGAGUUGCACCACGGCGCCGAGGUGAACAAGCAGGAAGCUCAUGAAUGGGCGAAGCGGGAGGAAGACGCGAGGAAGCGGGAGGAAGCCGCGGCGAAGCGAGAGAAAGACGCGGCGAAGCGGGAGAAAGACGCGGCGAAGCAGUACGACGUGGAGGUGAACAAGUGGGAAGCUCAUGACCGGAACAUUACCGAAAGGCAUGUGGUGGCACGGCAGGGAGGCCGUGACGUUGUCUCCUACGAUGAAACCACCGAUUUCGGAACCCCUCCAGCUUAUGGUGACCGCGUCAUUCCCAACAUAUGCGGAGAGGUGCCGGUGCCUGCGCCGGCGCCGAUUAACUCCGAGCCGCCCAAUUGCCCCGCCGCCGUUCAAAACCCCAACGACGACCCUUACGACGUUCCUACCAGACCUACGUACUACUGAUCUCAUCACUAGAUUACGUAUCUCAUGUGUGAUUAGGUUUUGCUGUUUGCUGUUUGAUUACAGUAUCUCAUGUGUGAUUAGGUUUUGCUGUUUGUUGUUUUUACUUAUAUAUCUAUCUUUUCCAACACCUGCAAUGUAUGUAUUUGUAUUCGGAGACUUGGAAUAAAAUUUACAGAAUAAAUGAAUUAUAGUUUCGCG